AUGAAAAGAGUGCUCAUUAUUUGGAUGCUGGCUCACCCACUUCAGCAUUAUCAAUGUGGUGCUGUCGUUUUCAAAAUGACCAAUGCAGUGUGUGAGUCUUAUAACAAUACCUGGGUCGAAUUCGGCCUGUGUCGCCUGCGAGCCGUUAGUAGGAAUAAGGUUUGCCUGAAUGUCGAUGCCAAUUUGCUAUAUCCGGUUCACGAUGUUAUAGUCAAGGCCAGAUUGCUGAAAAGGGCCAAUGGUUAUAAGCCUUGGCUCUAUAGCGUCAGUUUCGACGGAUGCCAGUUUAUAAGGCGUAGAAACAAUGCCCUGAUUCGGAUCGUUUGGGAGCUUUUCAAAGAGUACUCGACGAUCAAUCACACCUGUCCCUAUGUGGGCCUGCAGCAAGUAAAGAACUUCUAUCUCAGAUCCGAGAAGCUGCCUACGCCCAUACCCACUGGGGAAUAUCUGUUGAUGAUUGACUGGGUGUUCAACAAGAAACCGCAGGCUGCCACAAAUGUUUAUUUCACCUUUGUGGAGGAUCUAAAAGAUAGUUAA